AUGGCCCCUCAGCGUCCCCGCCAGCUUCCCACUCCCUCCCCCACCCCCUCUCCAGGCCCGCACAAAUCCAACUCCGGCGGCACCUGGUUCUCGCAAUUCGCCCCCUUCGCCUACGAUCCCACUGCGGGUCUAAAAUCCAACUUCGAGCGCCUCGCCAACACGCGAAACUGGGGUAACAAACUCAGACACAAGCGCUGGCACCAAUGCCAAGCCGCGGAGUUCGAUGCUGCGUAUGGGAAGGAUAUAUCGAAGUUGGAGUCGUGGCAGGCGCUUUGUCGCGAGGUGCUUAUUGAUGAGGUGCCGGGCAGUAUUAGGCAGUGCAAAGCGGUUCUCGGAAGCAGGAAUGUACUGGUUAACUUGGUGAAUCUGAUUGAUCAUCGCAAUAUGGGGACGCCGGUGAUACGGUUCAAGAGUUACACGGCGUUUAGGAAGUAUACGACUGAUGGAAGGAUUUUUCCCAAGGAGAAGGCGAAGGAGGAGGGGUUUAUUAGGGCGCUUUUGAGGACGCUUUAG